UACCUCAACCUAUCUCUAGCUGUCAUCACACGAAUCACCGUUAUCAGUGUAGUAGAUAUUGAACCACACCGGGACCCGUUGUUACAGUGGGAAUUAAACAGGUCGUUAGCUGUGGACAAAGUAGCUGCACCCUCGCUAUGAUGUUCAGGGCUGGCGGUGUGUUGAAGCUAGCAGCGCUCAUCUCUGCCUUCCUCCUCGCUGUGUUUCUGGCUUUCCAGCUGCUGGAGAUCAACCUGGACUUCAAACUGGGCAAUGUGAUUUCAAGAUCUGUGCCAGCGAGUGAAGGCUCCAUGAAGCCGGUCAGGUACAAGUGCGGGCUGUCCAAGGCAUGUCCCGCCGGACACUUCGCCUUCAAGAUGGCGAGCGGAGCGGCCAGCGUGGUGGGGCCCCGAGUCUGCCUGGAGGACAAAUUUUUAAUGAGCAGCGUGAAGAACAACGUUGGGAGAGGAAUCAACAUCGCCCUGGUCAAUGGGAGAACAGGGGACGUUAUCAAGACAGACUUUUAUGAUAUGUGGGCAGGAGAUGUGGCUCCCUUCAUUAAAUUCCUGAAGGAAAUAGAAGAAGGGACGAUCGUGAUGAUGGCCUCGUUUGACGAUCCCUCGACAAAACUCAAUGAUGAAGCCAGGAAGCUCAUCGCUGACCUGGGAAGCUCGGCUGUCAAUAACUUGGGCUUCAGAGAUAACUGGAUCUUUGUCGGAGGGAAAGGCAUCAAGACCAAGAGUCCGUUUGAGCAGCAUAUAAAGAACAGUGCCGACACCAACAAAUUUGACGGAUGGCCCGAGGUGCUGGAGAUGGAGGGCUGCGUGCCUCAGAGGCAGGACUGAUCCGUCGACCACCCACGUCUCCUCCGGGCCCUUUUCCUCCUGACAUUCCUGUUCUCAUGAGACCUCCUACUGGUUACACUUUUUUUGGGCUGAGAAAGGUCAUUUUUACAGCUCUCACGCCAGAGUUUGUUUUUCAGCUGUAUCGACUAGAGCAAAAGACAUUAGCAGGAAAGUGGAGCCAUCGUGAACCUGAGCAGGAAGUGAAGCCUGGACUUCCUCUCACACCUCUUCUUCUGUUGGGAUACAUGACGUAGAUGCUUUAUCGGUGCUUGUAAUUGACAGUAGCAGGUAGAGAGCGCUGAUUUAAAGGGACUUGCCUUUGAUUAUUGGCAUACUAUCACUCCUUGUAUCAAUAAGGCCCACAGACAUAGCUGUGAUAGAGUUUUGCAUUAUUGCACUGUUGCUGUUGGAAAUGGAAGUCAUAGCCCAGAUUUCCGUGAGGGCUAAGUUUCCAUUACCCGUUUCCUGCCUUAAUCCAACUAUCCUUAUUCCCAGUUUUUAUCAACUCGAGUUCUUUAUGAGUUUGUGAUUCUGUUUGUUUCUUUCAGAGUUAAGUUUAUUUUGAGAAAAUUAUUAAUAACAGGAGUUAAAGUCCUGCUAUUAUAACCAAAUGUACCAAAUUCACUGUGAAAUUUGUAAAUAUUUCUUUAGAGGAGGAUUUCAGAAUUCAAAGAUCCUAAUUUAAUGAACAUUGUAAUAAUAUAAUUUCUUAAAAUAAAUGAUAUUAGUGAA